AUUAGCUAGCGGUAUUCUAACGUAAAUCUCCACGAACAUACUGGCAUGUCCAGUUUUGAGCUGGAGCCUGUGGACGGUGGUGCUUCGAUACCACUGCCUGAGGGAGAAACUCAAAUUGGAAGAGGUCCAUUUCUCGGGGUCAGUGAUAAAAGGGUGUCCAGACAUCAUGGCCUGCUGGCGAUCGUGGACGGUCAGCUGCGAAUCAAACCUACCCAUCAGAAUCCCUGCUUUUAUCAGCCUUCUCUGGGGGACCCCCCGGAACCCCUGGAGAAAGACAGGUGGCACCCCCUGCGCCCCGGGAACCUGUUUUCUCUCCUGCCUGGGAAGUACACCUACAGGGUGGCGUCCGUCAACACUGAGGACACUCAGAGGAAUAGUCUGACUUUUGAAGAGGAACAGCCUGUUGCAGGCGCGCCCCCCGCCUCCGCAAAACAUGACGAAGAGCCGCUGUGUUCCCCUGAACUCAACGGGGAGGGUGAGCCGACCCAAAACAGCACCCAGGACCAACAGGCGGAGCCCACGUCGUCCAGCUCACGGCAGAAAGAGGAGGGCAACAAAAAAGAAGCCACUGUUACCAAGGAGCAGGAGCCGGAGAGUAGAGAGCUAGGCCCGAAGCCGGAGCAGAGGAAGAGGGUGCUGCCCGCCUGGAUGAUGCAGAUAGCUUCUGACGUCAGCAGCCCCUCCACUUCCACAGGUGACAGGAGGCGGGGAAAGGGGAAGGCCACGCCCACACAGGCCAAGCAGACCCGCCCCAGGAAGGGCAGGAACAGGUCGGUCUCCUCGGAGGAGGAGGAGGAGUCCGAGCGGAGAGGGGCGGAGCCGGCUCCCAAGAAGAGAGCGAAGAGGCUGAAGAGCGAGGAAGAGGAGGAAGUGGACGCGCAGUCCAAGCAGGCAUCGUCAGCAGAAGCGGUGACCAGGCGGCCCAGGGGGCUCAGCAACGACGCGUCGGGGGAGGCGUCGGACUACGCGGGCCGGGGGUCCGACACGGAGAAAGGGGAGGGGAGCAGAAAUGGCGGACGCGCCCCCAAGGCCGGACCUCCGGAGGGGAAGAGAGGAGCGGAUGUGACGGGCAGAAGGGAGAAGGAGAGCCUGUCUCAGGACGGAGAGACGCCGGGGGGAGGACAGGAAGUGGGCAGCGCAGAAGGGGCGGGGUCGACCGGCAGGGCGGGCCCCUCCCAGGCCAAAGCCAAGGCCCCGCCCAGACCCCCCUGCCCCUAUGGGAAGGACUGCUACAGGAAAAACCCGGUUCAUUUCAAGGAGAGCAGCCACCCAGGCGAUAGCGACUACCAGGAGGAAGAAGAUGAGGAGGAGAAAGAGGAAGAUGACGACAGGCCGGAGUGUCCUUACGGAACUUCCUGCUACAGGAAAAAUCCGCAGCACAAAAAGGAAUACAAGCACACCCAGGAUCCAGGUAAAAAGGCUCGCUUGGAUGAUGAAGACGACGGCGAGGAAGAUGAGGGGGACGAUGACAGCUUCAUUAACGAUGACAGCGGGGACCUGGACGAAGACUCGGAUUACGUCCCGCCCGAAUCAGAGGAUGAGGAUGUUCAGAGGCUGAAGAAAGAGGCCAAGGCCUUCCUGAAGAGGAAAAGAUGAGACUAACACACACACACACACACACACACACAAAACACAUAUACACACACGCACACACACAUACACACAUUUCACACACACGUAUAUACACACACACGCACACAGACACACCUACACGCACGCACACACACACACACACACACAUGCAUGCAGGCACACACGUUCAUGCAUACACACAUGUGCACACACACUCACAUGCAAACACACACACACACACACACACACAGCUGCUCUGCUUUAUCUCAGCGAUCUCGUGGAUGUAACUAACCGGCAUUGUAGUUCAAAUGAACUGAAACUUGUAAAUAUGUAUCAUAUUUUGUGCAUUCAGUUAAAGAGACUGAACAGCUUCAUCUUAGCAAUAAACAUUACUGGUGUUUUUUAAACUACUGUGAGGAGAAGAAGCUUGAAAUCAAGCAAAAUUAUUCAGAAUGUAACGUGGCCAUCGGUCUGAGUUUACUUGCUGCUGGGAUCUGUUUGUUCGAAGGGGAUUUUCAGAAAGGGCUGGCCUAGCGAGGACCUCUCCUGAAUCCUCUGCUGUGGACUUAUCGGAGUUCGAUUAAUCAGCCUUGGCCGAGCUCGUUUAUUUCCCUGACCCUGCAAAGUGACGGGUUUCCCUCCAGCAAGAUAACUGUGUUUUAGGCUCCCCGCCUUCCCUCCUCCGAAAGGUUAAUCGCAAAUGUCCUUUCGAAACGGAGAACGUGCUGUUCUGCUCUUAGCGGACUCUUCCCUGAGUAAGGAGGUGCAGCGAGGAUGGCAAAAGGAUUUUUACAGAAGGGUCUGCACACGCAUCCAGUCGCUUAAGGAGGUGCAGGAAAACAGUCUGGGGAGA